AGGAGAAAUAUUCUUUAGAAGAGUGUCGUGGAAAUCCAUUUUUAUUUUAUAGUAAAGUAUAGAAUAUAUACAAUUAGGAGUUUUAUUAUCACUUUUUUAAAGGGAGAAAAAAGAAAAGAAGAGAAAAAAGGAAAAUUGAAAAGAAAAUGAAAAGGUUUAAAUCGCAAAUGAGCUGCUAUGAAUCCAAGACUUGGUCCAAAAAAUAAAAAUUAAAAAAGAAAAAGAAAAACGUAACAAAAUUACGAUGUUAGUUGGCACGUGUAGGGGAUCCUCAUUCUCCGUUGUCUCCUAUUCAAUCUCGCUUUUCACCUCUUUUAAGCUCUCACUGUAAUACCAAAACCUCACACGCACUGAAAACAGCAGAAGCUGUAAACGAGCGGUGGAUCAUCGCAUUUUCAGUAUGUACAGAACGGCGGCGUCUAAAGUUAGGGCUCUCAAGGGCCAAACAGGUUAUAGGGGAUCAGCUAGAUAUGCAACUACUAGUGCUGUUGCUGUCAAGUCAUCAUCAGGAGGUUGGUUGACGGGUGAUCAGUGCUCGUCACUUCCAAGCCUGAACUUUCCACUUAAGGAUGUUAAUCUUCCCCCUCCAUUGCCGGACCAUGUUGAGCCUGGACAGACUAGGAUCACCACACUUCCAAAUGGUCUCAAGAUUGCCUCUGAAACGGCAGCAAACCCUGUAGCGUCAAUUGGCUUAUAUGUGGAUUGUGGCUCAAUAUAUGAAAGACCAGUUUCAUAUGGGGUCACAAAUCUGUUGGAGCGUAUGGCAUUCAAAAGUACUACUAACCGGAGUCACUUGCGUAUUAUAAGAGAAAUUGAGGCAAUUGGGGGAAACGUAACUGCAUUGGGUUCUCGGGAGCAUAUGAGCUAUACAUACAAUGCACUAAAAACCUAUGUUCCUCAAAUGGUAGAGCUCCUUAUUGACUGUGUCAGAAAUCCCGCGUUUUUGGAUUGGGAAGUCAAGGAACAGCUCCAGAAGGUGAGUGCUGAUAUUAAUGGCAGCUUCAGAGACCCUCACCAAUUGCUUUUGGAGGCCAUUCAUUCAACUGGCUACUCUGGUCCCUAUGCAAAUGCUCUUUUUGCCUUAGAAUCUGCAAUUAACUGUUUGAACAGUACUGUUCUGGAGGAGUUUGUUGCUGAACACUAUACUGCUUCCAGGAUGGUCCUUGCAGCAUCAGGUGUUGACCAUGAUAAGUUGUUGGAAUAUGCAGAACCACUUCUUUCUGACCUCCCGAAUGUUUCUCGUCCCGCGGAGCCAAGGCCAGUUUAUACAGGGGGCGAUUUUCGUCGCCAAGGUGAUUCAGGGAUAACCCACUUUGCUCUAGCAUUUGAGCUCCCUGGUGGCUGGUUGAAGGAAAAGGAUGCCAUAAUAUUGACUGUUCUUCAGAUGCUAAUGGGAGGAGGUGGAUCUUUCUCAGCUGGUGGUCCUGGAAAGGGGAUGUACUCGAGAUUAUAUCUGCGUGUCCUGAACGAGCACCCCCAGAUUCAAUCCUUCUCUGCGUUUAACAGCAUUUACAAUCAUACUGGAUUAUUUGGAAUUCAAGCUACCACUGAAUCCGAUUUUGCAAUAAAUGCCAUUGAUAUAGCUGUUAAAGAACUCAUUGCUGUUGCAACUCCAGGACAAGUUGACAAGGUACAACUGGAUCGUGCAAAAGAGUCGACAAAGUCUGCCAUUUUGAUGAACUUAGAAUCCAGAAUGGUUGUAUCAGAAGAUAUAGGUAAACAAAUUUUGACAUAUGGAGAGAGGACUCCCUUGGGGCAUUUCUUGAAGGUUGUUGAUGAAAUCACAAGGCAAGAUAUUGCUAAAACAGCACAAAAGCUUUUAUCAUCUCCUCUCACCAUGGCAUCUUACGGAGAUGUGCUUCAUCUGCCAAGCUACGAGUCAAUAAGCAGGAGGUUCCAUUCAAAGUGAAGUGAUCCUCGUGUGGCUCUGAUUAGACAUCGGCUUUGAUGGCAGCAAUUCAAGAAUUUGAGAUGUCUUUUGACAGAUAUUCAAAUGGUAAUAAGGGUCGAUAUUGGAGGCAUUACAUGGAUAUUAAUUGGAGAGCUUGAUGUCGCCCUUCUUGUUAGGCACACCAUAAUUGGAAUAUCGAAUUGCUAUGAGGCAUAAAAGUUGAGGGUUUACUCUUCAAAAUUUUCUGGAUUAAAAUGAUAAAUGGUCGCAUACUGCGACAUAGAAUUCAAGAUAUUACUUCACGUGGAAAUCUUAGUGGAAAAUUGUGCAAUAUUUUAUACUAUGACAUACAAGUAUUGUAUUAUUGUUGAUCAA